UCAGACAAGAAAAGUGGGCUCUUGUCUUCUAAGGCAAGUUUAAUCAUUUCUAGUAGCAAACUCAUUUUUUCAACCUUUUCCUUUUUUUUUUUUCUGCACUUUAAUUACUAUUCUACCCACCUCUUUCUAUUUUUAUUUAUUUAUUUUACAUUAUAUAUAUUUUCUUGGUGUAAUUUCUCUGUGUAGUGUAGCAAUAGUGGUGGUUAAAUUCUGUGCCAAACAAUGAUUGCUAAUCUGGGAUGAUGGUAAUAUCUAUCUGAGAUUUUUAGUUAUCUCCCUUGACAAGUGACCUGUUCUGAGAGAGAGAGAGAGAGAGAGAGAGAGAGAGAGAGAGAGAGAGAGAGAGAGAGAGAGAGAGAGAGAGAGAGAGAAUCAGCUAUGCGGCGGCUGUUCGUCUUGUCUCUGCUGGUUUUCUGUCGAUGGAUAUAUGUUAGUGAUGCUACGACCAAUCCACAAGAUGCCGCUGUGCUCCGAUCACUAAAAGACCAGUGGGGGAGCACGCCCCCUAGUUGGGAUAAAUCCGACGAUCCUUGUUCAGAUUGGGAAGGUGUUGCCUGUGACAAAUCAAGAGUCACUUCUCUCGGCUUAUCGACAAUGGGAUUAACCGGUAAAAUGAGCGGUGACAUUGGAGGCCUAACCGAGUUAAUCUCGUUAGAUUUGUCGUUCAAUCGUGGCCUCAGCGGUUCGUUGUCUCCUAGGCUUGGAGAUCUGCAUAAACUGACCAUAUUAAUUCUUGCUGGAUGUAGUUUUACUAACAGCAUACCAAGUGAACUCGGAAAUCUUACGGAGCUAACUUUUCUAGCCCUGAAUUCGAAUAACUUAAGUGGCGAAAUACCGGCAUCUCUGGGUAGACUUCCGAAGCUGUAUUGGCUCGAUCUUGCGGAAAAUCAGUUGACCGGUCAAAUACCCGUUUCAUCGGCUUUCGGUCCCGGAUUAGACCAACUUAAAAAGGCCAAACACUUCCAUUUCAACAAAAACCAGCUUUCGGGCGAGAUUCCGAGCCAGCUUUUCAACUCGGACAUGUCACUGAUACAUGUACUAUUUGACGGUAAUAACUUCGAGGGCAGCAUUCCCUCUACAGUUGAACUUGUACAGACACUUGAGGUUCUUCGGCUUGAUCGAAAUUCACUGAAAGAAAGUGUUCCAUCAAACCUCAACAAUCUCACUAACAUCAUAGAAUUGAAUUUGGCUCAUAAUAUGCUGUCUGGUGCAUUACCAAACCUAACUGGAAUGAACUCCCUCAAUUAUCUGGAUUUGAGCAACAACUCUUUCAAGAAAUCCGAAUCACCUCACUGGUUUUCGACUUUAACUUCACUUACUACAUUAAUGAUCGAAUACGGACCGUUGGAAGGAUCGGUCCCACCCGAAAUUUUCAGUUUACCUCAGAUUCAGCAAGUAAAACUGAAGAACAAUGCAUUUACUGAGAAAUUAGACAUGAGUGUCAACAUCAGCCAACAACUCCAACUCGUCGAUUUGCAGAACAACGACAUUUCGUCACUAACGAUCGGCUCGCAAUACAAAAGCACUUUACUAUUAAUUGGAAAUCCGGUGUGCUCGGCUUCAUUAGAAAACACAGUCUACUGUCAAAUCCAGCAAUCGGCGAAGCCUUACUCCACCAGCUUCGCAAACUGCGGCGGCCAAAUAUGCACCGCCGAUCAGAAACUCGACCCGCAGAGCUGCGGCUGCGCUUACCCGUACGAAGGCACACUGUACUUCCGUGCACCCUCGUUCAGAGAUUUGUCGAACGCAAGUUUGUUCCAUUCGUUAGAAAUGAGCCUUUGGGUGAAAUUAGGGCUUUCUCCCGGCAGCGUUUCUCUGCAGAAUCCGUUCUUCAAUGUCGACGAUUAUCUCCAAUUGCAGCUAGGGCUUUUCCCCUCGAAUCAAAAGUUCUUCAACAGAUCGGAUGUUCAGAGGAUCGGAUUUUCGCUGAGUAAUCAAACUUACAAGCCUCCGAAAGAGUUUGGGCCUUAUUAUUUCAUCGCUUCGCCUUACGUUUUCGGAGGCGAAAAUGGGGGUGGCCAGAUCAGCAGAGGGGUGAUUGCCGGAAUAACGAGUGGAUGUGCAUUGGUGGUGGUGGUGCUAGCGGGAUUAGGGGCUUACGCUAUUAGGCAGAAACGGCGCGCGGAAGAAGCUAUUUCACUGAGCAAGCCGUUUGCAUCUUGGGGCCCGAGUGGGAAGGACAGUGGAGGGGCCCCACAGCUAAAAGGAGCAAGAUGGUUCUCUUAUGAUGAGCUCAAGAAAUGCACUAAUAACUUCUCUCAUACCAAUCAGCUUGGCUCGGGUGGCUAUGGCAAGGUGUAUAGAGGGGUUGUGUCAAGUGGACAAACAGUGGCAAUAAAAAGGGCUCAACAAGGUUCCAAUCAAGGCGGGCUCGAGUUCAAAAACGAAAUCGAGUUGCUCUCGAGGGUUCAUCACAAGAACCUCGUUGGCCUUGUAGGGUUCUGCUUCGAACAAGGUGAACAAAUGCUGGUAUAUGAGUUCAUGGCUAAUGGAACACUCAGAGAAAGUUUAUCAGGAAGGAGUGGAAUAAAUCUGGACUGGAAGAGAAGGAUAAGGAUCGCGUUGGGGUCCGCUAGAGGAAUAGCGUAUCUACACGAACUGGCGGACCCACCUAUAAUUCAUAGGGACAUCAAAUCGACGAAUAUACUGUUGGAUGAGAAUCUCACGGCUAAGGUGGCUGAUUUUGGAUUGUCUAAGCUUGUUUCAGACAGUUCUAAAGGGCAUGUUUCCACUCAAGUAAAAGGCACUCUGGGCUAUUUAGAUCCGGAGUACUACAUGACACAACAACUAACAGAAAAGAGCGACGUAUACAGCUUCGGCGUAGUAAUGCUCGAGCUCAUCACAGCCAAACAACCCAUCGAGAAGGGAAAAUACAUUGUUCGCGAAGUGAAAAUAGCAUUCGACAGAAACGAGGACAGAUACUAUGGAUUAAGGGAAAUGAUGGACCCCACCAUAAGAAACACACCAAGUCAUGACCUCAUCGGAUUCUUAAGGUUUGUUGAGCUGGCAAUACAAUGUGUUGAAGAUUCGGCUUCGGAUCGUCCGAUGAUGAGUGAAGUUGUCAAGUCCCUCGAAGCUAUAUUGCAGAAUGACGGCAUGAAUAUGUCAGCCUCCACGUCAGCAUCUUCGUCUGCAACUCUUGAAUUCGGAGCUGGUUUGUGUAAUAAAGGUGCAAUUAGAUCACAUCCUUAUAAUAUUAAUGGUGCUUUUGAUUAUAGUGGUGGGUAUACACUUCAAGGUAAAGUUGAACCCAAGUAAUAUAAUUAAUGGGACAAUAUAUAUAUAUAAAACUAUAUUUUACUUAUAUAUAUUAGUUCUUUAAUUUUUUGAAGAUUUUUUAGUGAAAUAUGAAGAAUGUUGUUUUGCUAAGUUGUGUUGUGUGGAUGCGUUAUUGCAAUUAGUAUCCCUUGAGUUAUAUGAAUUGUUAAAAAAUCACCCCAUGUAAUUUUUACUUGCAAAACCCCCCCUAUGAUUUUUUGUUUUUU